CUCCCAGGAUAUAUUCUAACUUUAAAAUUGUCCCGUUUGAACUGGAUUAUUUAAGCGAUUUCACCACCAUACAUCGUUCAUUUGUACGAGUCAUUGGUUACACUGAUCAAUUUAUAUCUGUAUUCGUGUUGGGCGUAAUCGUUGGCUACUUAUUGCGUCAAAGGUCGAAACUUAUUAACCGUUUGGUGGCUAAUAAAUUUCGAGUUGUUACCUUGACAAUAAUAACUACCGUGUUAAGUUUUUUAAGUUUAGCGUGGAGUGAAAACUUCAAGGAUAUUAACAUUAGACCGAAUCCCGUGAAUCUUAUGCUUUGGUUUAGUUGCGGGAAGAUUUUGUGGUGUGUCGGCAAUAUAUGGCUUAUUAUUGUGGUUUACACCAAACCUAAAGGUUUUAUUAACAAGCUACUGGCAUCGCGAAUAUUUGGUGCAAUUAGCCGGCUCGCUUUAGGCAUAUAUAUAAACGUGGAUAUUAUGGCUAAUUAUCGUGCUUUUAGUCGCAGGGAUAAUAUCGCAGUCAACCAUACUAACCAGAUUCAAAAUUUUUACCUGGAUAUGACUGCAGCUAUAAUCAUCUCAUAUGUGUUGUACAUAAUCAUCGACUUUCCGUGUUUCUGGAGAUAUGUCGGAUAUGGAAGCACAGAAGCCAUACACCAUAUACUCGAGCACACAAUUUCAAUGUUGGCCACAAACAGCGAACCCAAUUGGCUGCAUUUCAUCGACACCAUACCCAAACAGUACACAAAUAAACAGCCCGUUCAAACGGAGGGCAAACCAGAUGUUACAGAGCUCUCACAAUAUAUCAUUGGUUUAAACCCUGAGCCUAUGGUACGCAACCCCCUCCACGAGUGGGCCCUACAAGAGUCCAAUAAGCAACUUACGGAAGCAUACGGUCGACCCAUGAUAGAUAGGAUAGAUAUGACGGGUUUUCCGAGUUAUUGCUUUACGACAACAAAUAGGGAGCUCUGGUAUGCCAUCAAUUACUGGUGCAUUUUUGGCUUUACCUUCGAUGACCACCUGGAUCACAUCAAUGAUAAAGUGGAACUCAGCAAAUGGCAAAUGAAGUAUAUGUUGGGCACCAGUGAUGAGGACACGCCGAUGGACCGGAUGCUCGUCAAGACGUUGUCGCUAUUGAGGGUACAUAUGAGCGCCGAUCAGUACGUUCGACACGUCAUGUUUGGCGUCGGUUGGAUUGGCUCGCAUGUGACCAAACAUAAGGACAGGCCGUUGACUCACGAGGAAUACUGGACGCUCAGAGAACUGGAUAACGGCGGCGAUAUUAUAUGGCAAUUGGCGGAACUGUCGGUCGGGUUUGACGCUAUUGAAUGGGGUUUGACUGAUGACCCCCUGUGGUUGGCAUUUAAUAAGACGGCCUCCAAAUACGCGAUAGUUAUCAAUGAUAUCUAUUCCGUGCCCUCGGAGGUGGCACAUGGAGGAGGAGAGUAUAGCUAUCAGUAUGUGUUGAUGGCCAACGAGGGCUAUACUGCCCAACAGGCUGUCGAUAAGGCGGUGGCCGAAGUACACCAGUUGUGGGAACUGGUGCUUCACUACGCCCAACGACUUAAUGAGUAUGUCAACGAAGUGUUGCACGGGUGUCGGGGCAAUUUAUACUGGUCUACUCAAUGUCUAAGAUACUCUCGUAAUCGAGAAGGUAGUCAUUAUGUGGAUGGCAUGUUUAACUAA